UCCCAGCCCCGCUCUCCGGCCCUGUCUUGCUUUCUUUCUCUCUCCCCCCACCACACACACAUCCUCCAGGCCAGGAACAUGUCAGCCGGACACCAGCACAGCCAGAGCCGGGCCAUCCCCACCAGGACCAUCCACAUCAGCGACUCAUCUCAGCUACCUCAUGACUAUUGCACCACCCCCGGGGGGACCCUCUUCUCCACCACCCCUGGAGGUACUAGGAUCAUUUAUGAUCGUAAGUUUCUUUUGGACCGUCGCAAUUCUCCUUUGGCUCAGACCCCUCCUCGUCGCUUGCCAGAUAUUCCUGGAGUUACCAGUCCUAAUCCUCGUGUAGAAGAACCCAAAGUAGAAACAAAUAAUUUGAACAACCAUGACAGGAAGACUGCUGUUGGUAAGAUGUACUGGAGAAGAGUACACAUGUUUGUUUUUUGUUUUUUUUUUUGCCCCUGGUUCUCCAGGCCAGUGACACUAUGUAAUGCCCUGGUUUCAAGUUAG